AUGGAAUCCUUACCAGAGAAUCCUCUCCCAGACCCGGUUCCUCUUCCCCAAACUCCCAAGAUGAAGCAGGCUCAUGGUCCGCCUGUUGUCGAGAGCACUCCAAUGAGUCAAAAAUGCACCUCCCAUGCCGACGACGAGGUUCCCCAACGUGCCUCUGUCGUGAACAAAUUCCUCGAGGAUGAUAUCGGCGACGGUGUUGUGUUCUCCCUCGAUGACUUUGCGACCCUCAUCCUCGAACUUCCAGUCGAUUGGAAGGUCAAGGAGGACAUCGCACUGCAGGUGGACAGCCAAGCAGUGAAAGACGCGUUCGAAGCGUAUCUGUCGGUCGCGAUAGGCGUGGCAGAGGCAGAAGGGAAAAAGCGAAAGGGUGCUGCGGGGCACGAGACGCAGCUGUAUCGACCCCUUGCAAAUCUCUUGAACGUUUUGAAAGACUCGGAUGGAGAGGAAGGCCGCUUGAGAAGGGACAUGGACGAGAAAAUCUUUUAUGUCCAAGAUCCUCGUCCGGUAUUGGGUUCGCGAAUAGAGAGGAAGCCAGAUUUGGGAGGUAUUUACCUUCAGCUUCUGCAACUCACUGAAAACGAGGGACUAGCGGAUUAUCUGGAAAAGAAGAAGAAGAUUGUCGGUGUGUUUUGGGGAUUGUUGCUGUACUUUGUGGAGGUCAAGCACCGAAAAGGGAAUUUUAUAGGAAUGAGUAUGCGUAAAGCAGAGGGGACUAAAACACCAAGGAAUGGAUCAUCGCAGUCGGCGGUAGCCAAAGGAUCGCGGCGUGGAUCAAGACAGGGUUCACGAACAACAGCAGGCCCUUCGCUAUCGACUAUUCCACAAGCAGGACCUUCGCAAUCACAGUCAGUUAAACGGUCAAGGGCAAAUGAAGAUGAUCCUAACGAUCCGGUAGUCAGGCCAAAUAAGAAGGCCAAAUCUCAUUCGAUGUCACAGUCAGGCUCAGGACACCUGAGGAAGCCUGGAAGAAUAUUGAGGAACAGAGCGAUGCGCCCCGGUCCUUCGUCCCGCGCGCAAUCAGAUACAAUGCCCUCUAUAGCCUAUAUAGUAUCCCAGUCUGUCUCGUCUACUCCUCUCACCUCUACACCCGCCAGCUUUGAAGACGAACCUCUACUCGAGGACACCAUUCAAGCUAUUGGUGGCACAAAAAAGACAAUAGAGGUCGUGACAUCGCAGGAGUACGCACGGAGAGCAGAGGCUGAGUUACGAGCAGAGCAAAAGAUGUCCUCGACCCAGGGACAGCGCCACACGAGAAUCCAAUGCGCAAGUUACGCUAAGGAGAUGCUCUCCAAUGGAUUUAUUCGGAAUCACGCAAUGGGAAUCACGGCUGAUGAUAGCGGAUUUCGGUUUCAAUAUUACGAUCGUUCCAAGGUCGUCGAGAGCCAGCCAUUCCACAUCUUGAACGACGAGUCGAAGACGCUCCUCAUGGCUAUGGUCUGUCAGCUCAACAAACUUUCCACCGAAAAACUCGGAUUCAUCCCCAACUUGGACUUGAACAAAUUUGAUCACCUACGGCAUCCAGAACAGUUAACGUUCAAUUUCGAAGAUGAUCCGUCAGCCUUAGUCGGUGCUACCUAUACUUUUACUGGGAGCGAUGGUCGCAGGCGAAGACUCAAAAUAACGAAAGUCCUCUACCGAGCGGAGGGCAUCAUUGGCCGAUGUUCGAUUGUUGUUGAAGUGGUGUGUCUUUGUGAGGAAGCUGAUUGUGUCUGGCAUGAAGAGGGGAAUCAGAAGACGAGGGUGAUGAAGAUCAGCUUCCCAAGCAAGACUCGGCCGUGCGAAGACGGACUGAUUGGGGAAGCAAGGUCGAAAGCAGAAUCGUCUGGUCAACGCUGGGCGCUCAACCAUCUUCCGGAAGUUAUCGACUCUAUCACAUUCCCUUACCACGAACAUACCACGGUUCAAGGUCGUUUGAAGAAGCAUCUCAAAGAUGACUACGAGGAACGAGUAAUGCGCGUUACGUUUUUGGAGAAGCUACAUCCACUUUCAGAGCUGACAGACCCGAGAGAAUACGCGCAAGUGUUUUACGAUAUUCUACAAAUUCACCAGUGGCUUUACGAAUGCGCUGGGAUUCUUCAUCGUGAUCUCAGCUCCGGGAACAUUAUGUACAGACGCAUAGAUGGCAAGGUAUACGGUGUAUUGAACGAUUUCGACCUCUCUUCUCGCGUCGGAGAUAUGAAUAAUGGUCCAACCUCCAAGCAACGUACCGGCACCCGACCAUUUAUGUCUCUCGAUCUACUUGAUCCCGAUUGGGCGGGUGGUCAUCUCUAUCGACACGAUUUAGAAUCGCUGUUUUAUAUCAUUCUUUGCCUUGCUUGUCGCUACGAGGCGCCGGGUGUGCCCGCACCUGAACCACGACCCUAUUCGCAGUGGUUCAGUGGGUCCGAUGAGGAGAUAUGUAAUAACAAGUACAAAUUCUUGACCAGCCCUUUUGGUUUAAUCAAUGGUCUCCCCAUCCAGUCUUACUUCGCUGGCUUCCAACGAUGGUUGCGCAAGAUUUAUGACCAAUUGCGUGGUGGGUAUAUCCGACGUCCAUUAUGCGCUAAAAACUUGUCAACGUCGAAUGAAGAGUCGGAGGAGUCGGGAGAUGAAGACUUGGAAUUUUCGCAAAGUGAUAACGAUUUAAAUUUUGAUUGGAAUACCUUGAAUAGGCACGUCUCUUACGCUAGGAUGCGCUCGGUAAUGUCCUCGUUCAAGGGAAAAUCUCUAGAAACUCGGUGGGCAGGGAAAACGGAAUUUUAA